ACUGCGGCCAGGAGGCGGGCUCUCUCGGGGCGCGCGCAGUUUACGUCACUGGCGCUGCGACGGGGACGCCAGGCCGCUCUCCGGACCCGCCCCCGAGCCGUCAUGGCGGCCGUGCUGCUGCUGCUGCGACGAGGGCGCCCGGGCGCGCUGAAGGCUCUGUGUCUAGGAGCGCAGGUGCUGCGAGGACCGGCCGCCGCCGCGGCUCUCUCUGCGGAGUCGGGAAAGGCCGAGAAGGGGCAGCCGGCAGCCCCCAAGAAGCAGAGUCCACCCAAAAAGCCCGCCGCCCCGCCCCCGGAGCCCUUCGACAACACGCGGUACAGGAACCUGCAGCACCACGACUACACGGCCCUCACCUUCCUGGACCUGACCCUGGAGCUCGCCGAGUUCAGGAUGCCCCAGCCGUCCUCGGGCCGCCUGUCCCCGCGCCACUGAGCCGCCCGCUGUCCAAUAAACCACCGCUGGCUGG